AUUGUAUUUGAGCGUUGCAGGAUUUGCAUUAGGAUUCAAUUGCACCUAUACACCUAUACACCAUGCUCUCCUAUUACUGAACAUUGCAUAUUGCAGAUGGUGUCAAUUGUUGCCACCAAAAUUCUUUGAUUCGUUUAAGGUUUUUGCAUUUGCAUUCACAGGGGAAAGGAGAAAUAGAACGUCUUUUUUUUCCUUUUUCAUCUCGACCUUAAUUACCCAUUCACACUCUUCAUCAUCAAGCAAACAAAGCAAAAGGGGACAAGCGAAAAGGAUAUAGAGUAAAAUGCAAGCAGGGCAAGAGCACCAUCGUCUGCUCGACAUCAGCUCUCAUUCAGCAGAGACCCAUCUAGGCCAAGAUGACGCGGCUGCAUUUGUUGGACAUUCCAUUCAAUCUCAUCAUCAUUAUGAACCCAUCUCAACGAACAAGCACUCCAAACGUGGACAGGAUAGGAGUACAAACCCAGCAUUGUGGAAUACCAAAGAGUUCUAUUUUUACUACCUCGUCUUUGCUUUCUGCCUGCCAUAUAUGUUUAAAUCAGCCCAUGAUGCUAGCUCUGAAGAUAACCCUAACUAUGAAAAAUACAGCGAUCUACUCUCGGAGGGCUUCUUUGGUUACAAAGUGGAUAAUAGUGAUGGCCAGUAUGCAGGCUUUAGGAACAACCUCCCAACACUCGUCGGAGUCGUCUGUGUUUACAUCCCUCUCAGUCAUCUCUUCAAGGCCCUUAUCCCUUCAUCAUCCUUUCUCCCUUUAUCAUCAUCAAUGUCGACAUCAGUAUCCAAAGGCUUUUCAUUACUACAACAGCCCCUUCAACCUCUUUUCCGGACCUAUUUCUUCCUCAUGUUCUCCUUGGUAUAUCUUUAUUACAUGUUUGGAAACAGUAUCCUCAAGAUUGGUGCUAUUGUUAUAGUCAACUAUCUGAUCGCCAAAAUGGGUCAAGGGGCCAGGUGGAUGCCUGUAGCCACGUGGACGUUUAAUCUUAUCAUCCUAUUCUUAAAUGAAGCCUAUGAUGGAUACAACUUUAGGGAUUUUCAUGAAUCGUUGGCCUGGUUGGAUGAGAACAGAGGUGUCAACAGACGAUGGGAUGUCCAUUUUAAUUUUACAAUGCUCAGACUCGUCUCUUUCAACAUGGACUACUAUUGGUCUUUCCAUCAUCCUACAUUUAAGGGAAUUAUCACGGUGGAUCAUGAUAACAGAGUGCCUCAGAGUGAUAAGGAACGAGUCUCAACACCUUCUGCUCGUGGAGACUAUUGCUUUACUUACUACUUGGCCUAUGCAUUGUAUGCGCCCUUGUUUAUUGCGGGCCCCAUCAUCACCUUCAACGACUUUGUCUCUCAGUUACGACAUCCCAAAGAGAUCCCUCUGAAGACAUUAGGAAUGUGGUUCGGCCGUCUGGUGUUCGCGCUUCUGACGAUGGAAUUCAUUAAUCACUACAUGUAUAUGGUUGCCAUUAGUAGACGACAAGCCUGGGACAACGAUCCUAUUCUACAAAUAUGUAUGAUCGGUCUCUUCAACCUCAUCCUGAUCUGGCUCAAGCUUUUGAUCAUUUGGAGGUUCUUCCGACUCUGGGCCAUGCUAGAUGGGAUCGAACCUCCGGAGAAUAUGAUCCGUUGUGUCACCAAUAAUUAUUCAGCCUUAGGAUUCUGGAGAAGUUGGCAUAAGAGCUUUAAUCUUUGGAUCAUUCGCUAUCUCUACGUCCCCCUUGGUGGAACGCAAUAUGCCAUGUACAACAUUUGGGUUGUUUUCACAUUUGUAGCCAUUUGGCAUGAUAUUCAGCUGAGACUCUUAGCCUGGGGUUGGCUCAUCUCGCUCUUUAUCCUGCCUGAGAUUAUUGCAAGUAAAGUCUUUUCGAAGAAGAAGUGGGGAACAUGGCCCUACUAUAGACAUCUUUGUGCAUUUGGCGCAGUCGGUAACAUUCUGUUGAUGAUGAUUGCUAACCUAGUUGGGUUCUGUAUUGGCCUCGACGGCACCAAGCAUAUGCUCUUAGAUCUCUUCUCCUCCUUCGAUGGCUGGUUGACCAUGUUAGGCUGCUGCAGUGCUCUCUUUGUCUGUGCGCAGAUACAGUUCGAGGUCCGAGAAGCUGAAAAGCGCCGUGGGAUCUUUUUAAAUUGUUGAUUUUUUUCUUUAUCAGACAUAUGAUUUACUUUUUAUUGCUUGUAAGAAAGAUAAAAAAAAUCUAAUAUUUAUACUCUUGAUUAAACAUACUCCAAAUUCUUGGCUCUUUUAUUUUCUAUGUUUGCCCUUUCCUUUGC